UGUAGUAAAGAGUAUUUUCACUUUCUUGUGACUGUUAUCCAUUCCACUUUAGGAGCCAAAACAAAAAUCUGAACAUAUGAUCGCACACAACAAUAUGACAAAGUUUAGGGACGGUUCAUAAUAAUACAGACUCACCACAACAGAAUAUCUGACUCUGUUUAUUCGACUAUGCUACCCCAAAACCGUCCACUAUAAAAUCUCUUCUCACCUUCCAAUUCCAUAACCUCUUCUACAUCUCUCCUUUCAACUCUUCAUACCCGAUCUCUUUCUCUCUCUGCAUGAGCAUGCAAAGCGAGAUGGAGUCUCCGCCUUCUGCCUUCCGCAAACAAAACACUAUUACACUACUCGGGUUUUUUAUGAUCUUAUUCUUGUUCUCUAUACCUGGAAAUUUACAUCUUUGUUCUAACUCAAGUAUCCUACUCCUAUCCAAUAAAAGUUCCUCCGAUGAGCUUACGGAACAAACACUAAACUUAGACGGACACCUCGGAUUUGAUAAUCUUGAAUAUGCAGCUAAGGAUUUUGGAAACAGAUUCCAUUUCCCACCAUCAGCAGUUCUGUAUCCAAAAUCAGUUUCUGAUAUUUCUUCUACAAUAAGUUAUAUUUUCAAUAUGGGUCCUAGUUCCAAGAUUACAGUUGCUGCCAGGGGACAUGGUCAUUCUCUUCAAGGCCAGGCACAAGCUCAUCAAGGCAUAGUAAUCAGUAUGGAAUCGCUUCAGGGUCCGGUGAUGAGGAUUCAUACAGGCGAGCUACCCUAUGUGGAUGUAUCAGGUGGUGAGCUAUGGAUUAAUAUUCUACAUGAAACUCUAAAAUAUGGGCUUGCACCGAAAUCGUGGACCGACUACCUCCAUCUCAGUGUUGGCGGUACCUUGUCAAAUGCAGGAAUUAGCGGACAAGCAUUUCGACAUGGACCACAAAUUGACAAUGUUUACCAGCUGGAGAUAGUCACAGGCAAGGGACAAGUAUUUACAUGUUCAGAGCAGGAGAAUGCAGAUCUAUUUUAUGGUGCCCUUGGAGGACUAGGACAGUUUGGCAUAAUCACCCAAGCUAGAAUAUCUCUUGAACUAGCACCUAAUAGGGUGAAAUGGAUCCGAGUCUUGUACUCUGAGUUCUCAAGAUUCUCCAAUGACCAAGAACAUCUGAUAGCAUCAGAAAAUUCUUUCGACUAUAUUGAAGGAUUUGUAUUGAUUAACAGAACGGGUCUCCUCAACAACUGGCGAUCUUCCUUCGAUCCCAAAGACCCAAUACAAGCCAGCCAGUUCAUUUCGGAUGGUAAAACUCUUUACUGUCUGGAAGUCGCUAAAUACUUCAAUACAGACGAGGUUGAUGUAACGAACCAGAAAACAGAGGAGUUGCUGUCAGAACUAAGUUAUAUUCCAUCCACACUUUUCCUGUCGGAAGUUUCUUAUGUCGAAUUUCUCGACAGAGUACAUAUCUCCGAGAUAAAACUCCGAGAAAAGGGUUUAUGGGAAAUUCCACACCCAUGGAUGAAUCUUUUAAUUCCUAAAAGCAAAAUCUCCAAGUUUGCUCAAAAGGUCUUUGGCAACAUUCUUACAGAUAGUAGCAAUGGACCCAUUCUCAUUUAUCCAGUAAACAAGUCCAAGUGGAAAAAUAAAACAUCUUUAAGCAUCCCAGAAGAAGAUAUCUUUUAUCUAGUGGCAUUCCUAUCGUCUGCAGUGCCAUCUUCCACUGGCAAAGAUGGCCUGUCACACAUUUUAUCUCAAAAUCAAAAAAUUCUACAUUUUUGCUCCGAAGCCAAUCUUGGAGUUAAGCAAUAUUUGCCCCAUUACACAACCCAAGAAGAAUGGCAAGCUCACUUUGGUCCUCAAUGGGAAGUUUUUGUACAGAGGAAAUCGACCUACGACCCUUUAGCAAUCCUAGCUCCUGGCCAAAGAAUCUUUAAGAGGCAAUAGCCUUCAAGUGAUAUCAGAUACUCAAAUAUGCCAAAAAAUACACAAAGUGAGCCACAAUGUAUAGAACUGUAAAUGUUUAGGAGUUCUCACACAA